AUGUGUCUAGAAAAAGGGGAGAGUUAUGUAGAGUUAAUCCCAUCGAUACUUCUACGAUUCAGACUGAACGCAAUAGGCGUUAUUUCUGACAUAAGAAAAGCCUUCUUACAGAUUUCUGUUUCGGAAAAGGAUCGUGAUAGCUUGAGGUUCCUAUGGAAGGACGAGGUCGGAGAGAUGAAAAUCUACCGUCACAGGAGGGUGGUGUUUGGGGUGACCAGUAGCCCUUAUUUGCUAGGGGCCGUUGUUGACCAUCAUCUCUCAAAGUGUGAAGAAAAAGUGGCUUCAAAAGAGGUUCCUUAUGACCGAUCUGUCAUCUCACAGUUGCGCAAAUGCUUGUACGUUGAUAACUGUGUGACUUCGGUUGAUGAUAAGAAGGAACUUUUGAACUUCAUGUCGCAAGCCAGGAAAAUUUUUAUGAAAGCAUGCUUUGAUCUUCGUGGAUGGGAAUGGAGCGACCCCGAUUGUGCUGCUCACACCAGUUUCCCCGUUCUUGGACAAAAAGGAGGAUAUUCUCAGGUUAAACCCUCCCAAGCCUUUGGAAAGUGA